AGCUGUGGAAGAUUGGGACUCUUGUCCUCCAUGUAUGGCUGAUACUUUUAGAUGCAUGGGUAAAGCAGCUCGGGCUGCUUUAUGCGCAAUAGCUAGGCAUCUUCGUUUAAGAAGCGAUGUUUUCAAUAAUUUGCUUGAUGAUACUCCGCUUCCUGCUACUGAUGUAUCCUCAUCAGUGCUUGUUGCAAUGCACUUGCAUAAUAGCUCUUUGCACAAUUGCAAGGGUUCUGUUGGAGGAGGAAAGUCAGCAAUGAAUGUUGAAGUUGAGAAGGGGUUAUUGACAUUGAUUUCAUCAGACAAUCCUGGUUUACAGGUUUGUGAUCCCAAUGGUCGCUGGUACCUGGCAGAUGCUGUGUUGGCCCCAGGGGAUCUGCUACUGCUUACUGGCAAGGCACUUAGCCAUGCUACCGCUGGCCUUCGUCCUGCUGCAUCAUAUAGAGUUGCUCCUGAUCACUCCUUGGGCUCAAAUUGUGGUGGGAGGACUUCCCUUGCAUUUAAACUCAUGCCCCAGACCAAUGCCAUAUUAGACUGUUCUCCCGUUGCAGCAGCUGGUCAUGUCAUUCCCCAAAGAUAUGUUCCAGUAUCUGUUAGCCAAUUCAUGGAUGAUCUUUCUGCUGAAGAAGAUGUAUUUUGCUCUCAUUUGGACAAGGAUAACAGUUGUAUAGUCCGGAAUGACCAAAGUAAGGAGGUCUCGUUAAGAAGUGUUCUCUCAGAUCCAUUAUCCGGUGCAUUUCUCGAAGAUGCGAUGUUUGUUUCAUGUGGACAUUCAUUUGGUGGUCUCAUGCUGAGGAGGGUCAUUGAGACGUCAAGGUGCACUAUUUGCAACUCGGAAAUUGAUGCUAGGUCUUCAAUUCCUAAUUUAGCACUUAGAGCUGCAGCUUCAGCUGUGAAGCAUGAAGAUGAUAGAAGGCUAUUCCACAAUGCUGCUUUGAGGAAGCGUCGGAAGGAAAUGGGCGAGCAGGUGGAUCCAAUGAGAAGAUUAAACAGGGAAAACGGUGAUAUUGCCAUUGAUGAUGGCAUCCAUCGAGGAGUGCAGUAUCCUUUUACAGUAAAUGAAAAGGUUUUAAUUAAGGGAAACAGGAGAACACCAGAAAAAUUUGUCGGGAAGGAAGCAGUCAUCACGUCCCAGUGUCUCAAUGGCUGGUACUUGCUAAAGAUCAUUGGGACAGGAGAGAAUGUUCGGUUGCAGUAUCGCUCUCUUAGGAAGAUCCUGAACGCGACACCAGCUAACGAGGAUACCUGUCCCUCGCAGCCCCUUCAGCACAGCAGCUCAUAAAACUGAUUUUGUUUCUCUGGUUGCUUAAUUCAGAGCAACAAAGUAAAGCGGUUUCGGUAAGCAAAAGGUUAUGGAUGUGUUUGGAAGAGUGAUAUAUUUAUUAUCAAGAUUGUGUAUCAAAACAGCAGCUGUUAGUUAGUCUUAGGUUUCUGUUACAUGCUUGUAACAAAAAAAAAUUAAAAAAAAAAAAAAAAUCCUGGAAAGUGUAUUUAUUUUUUCCUUCUUUCUUUUUUUUUUUAAUCCUCUUGCAUCACCAUUAAAAUAUAGGCCCCAAGCAGACCCUCACAUAUGUAUCAUUAGGCUUGAGAUGAGUGAGAUAAAUUUUCUUGCAAAUUUGAGACUGAAUUGUGGACAGAGAAUAGCUGGAGCAUCAAGUUUUUUUAUUGGAAUCCUGUGGUGGAAGUGUAAUAUUUUAAAUAGAAAAUCUCAGUGAUAUUCUACUGCUAUUAUAUUUCAA